CAACCCCCCAAGAGAGAGAGAAAAAAACAAGCCAACACCGUGUGGAGUUUGUUCACCUUUUUUAAGACGAACACCGGAAACCGUUCGGUAAAGCGAAAGUUGAGUCGAGAUGAGUGUGGAGGCGUACGGGCCGAGCUCCCAGACCCUCACCUUCCUGGACACCGAGGAAGCGGAGCUGCUCGGCGCGGACACCCAGGGCUCCGAGUACGACUUCACCGACUUCACCCUACCGAGCCAGACGCAGACCCAAGGCCAGACCCAGAGCCAGCUGGACAACCAGGUAAACGGUCCUGAUGAAGGUCUUCUCAACGGGGGUGUGGAUGACUCCGUGGCUAAAGCCAGCCAGCUGUUGGCUGAGCUCAACUUUGAGGAGGAUGAAGAAGACACAUACUACACCAAAGACCUGCCUGUGCACGCAUGCAGCUACUGUGGUAUCCACGAUCCAGCGUGUGUGGUGCACUGCAAUACCAGUAAGAAGUGGUUCUGUAAUGGACGUGGAAACACAUCUGGCAGUCACAUUGUGAACCACUUGGUGAGAGCCAAAUGCAAAGAGGUGACGCUGCAUAAGGAUGGGCCGCUGGGCGAGACGGUGUUGGAGUGUUACAACUGCGGUUGUCGUAACGUCUUCCUCCUGGGCUUCAUCCCUGCCAAGGCCGAUUCCGUGGUGGUGCUACUGUGCAGGCAACCCUGUGCCAGCCAGAGUAGCCUGAAGGACAUCAACUGGGACAGCUCACAGUGGCAACCACUGAUCCAGGACCGCUGCUUUCUGUCCUGGCUGGUGAAGAUCCCAUCGGAGCAGGAGCAGCUUCGAGCCCGUCAGAUCACCGCCCAGCAGAUCAACAAGUUAGAGGAGCUCUGGAAGGACAACCCCAGUGCCACCUUGGAAGACCUGGAGAAACCUGGAGUGGAUGAGGAGCCCCAGCAUGUGCUGCUGCGUUAUGAGGACGCCUACCAGUACCAAAACAUCUUUGGCCCUUUGGUCAAACUGGAGGCUGACUACGAUAAGAAGCUCAAGGAGUCCCAGACCCAAGACAAUAUAACAGUCAGGUGGGACCUGGGGCUGAAUAAAAAGCGGAUUGCCUAUUUCACACUGCCCAAGACGGAUUCAGGUGGUAAUUCUCUGAGUUUGACUUCCUCCCAGUGGUUCUGUGAUAUGCGGCUGAUGCAAGGUGACGAGAUCUGCUUGCGGUACAAGGGAGACCUGGCCCCGCUGUGGAAAGGCAUCGGCCAUGUCAUCAAAGUCCCUGACAACUACGGGGAUGAAAUUGCCAUUGAGUUGAGGAGCAGUGUUGGAGCCCCUGUGGAAAUCCCCCACAACUUCCAGGUGGACUUUGUGUGGAAGUCAACUUCCUUUGACAGGAUGCAGAGCGCUCUGAAGACGUUUGCAGUGGACGAGACCUCUGUGUCUGGUUACAUUUACCACAAAUUGCUGGGACACGAGGUAGAGGAUGUCACCAUUAAGUGCCAGCUACCAAAGCGCUUCACUGCCCAGGGCCUGCCCGACCUGAAUCACUCACAGGUGUAUGCUGUAAAGACGGUGCUACAGAGGCCUCUCAGUCUGAUCCAGGGUCCUCCUGGCACUGGGAAAACUGUCACCUCUGCCACUAUUGUCUACCACCUGUCCCGCCAAGGCAACGGACCAGUCCUGGUGUGUGCUCCCAGUAACAUUGCUGUGGAUCAGUUGACUGAGAAGAUUGACAAGACUGGACUGAAGGUCGUCAGGCUGUGUGCCAAGAGUCGGGAGGCCAUCGAGUCACCAGUGUCCUUCCUGGCUCUGCACAACCAGAUCAGCAACAUGGACAGCAUGCCAGAGCUUCAGAAGCUUCAGCAGCUGAAGGAUGAGACUGGUGAGCUGUCGUCUGCUGAUGAAAAACGCUACAGGGCUUUGAAACGCACUGCUGAGAGGGAGCUGCUCAUGAAUGCUGAUGUUAUCUGUUGUACCUGCGUCGGGGCUGGUGAUCCUCGUCUGGCCAAGAUGCAGUUCCGCUCCAUCCUGAUUGAUGAGAGCACUCAGGCCACUGAGCCAGAGUGUAUGGUGCCUGUGGUGCUUGGAGCCAAGCAGCUCAUUCUGGUGGGUGAUCACUGCCAGUUGGGUCCUGUGGUAAUGUGUAAGAAGGCAGCCAAAGCAGGUCUGUCCCAGUCCCUGUUUGAACGCUUGGUGGUUCUAGGGAUUCGGCCAAUCCGCCUGCAGGUCCAGUACCGCAUGCAUCCGGCUCUCAGUGCCUUCCCCUCCAACAUUUUCUAUGAGGGCUCCCUGCAGAAUGGCGUCACUGCAGCUGACCGCAUCAAGAAAGGCUUUGACUUCCAGUGGCCUCAGCCAGACAAGCCCAUGUUCUUCUACGUGACUCAGGGUCAGGAGGAGAUUGCCAGCUCUGGAACCUCGUACCUUAACAGGACGGAGGCAGCCAAUGUAGAGAAGAUCACCACAAGGCUGCUGAAAGCUGGAGCCAAACCCGACCAGAUCGGCAUCAUCACCCCGUACGAGGGUCAGCGCUCUUACCUGGUCCAGUACAUGCAGUUCAGUGGCUCCCUGCACACCAAACUCUAUCAGCAAGUGGAAAUUGCCAGCGUGGAUGCCUUCCAGGGCAGAGAGAAGGACUUCAUCAUCCUGUCUUGUGUUCGUGCCAAUGAGCACCAGGGCAUCGGCUUUCUGAAUGACCCACGUCGUCUCAACGUGGCACUGACCAGAGCCAAGUAUGGUGUGAUCAUUGUGGGGAACCCCAAGGCUCUCUCCAAGCAGCCGCUGUGGAACAACCUGCUGAACAACUACAAAGAGCAGAAAGUGCUCGUGGAGGGACCCCUCAACAACCUGAGGGAGAGCCUCAUGCAGUUCAGCAAGCCCCGCAAGCUGGUCAACACCAUCAACCCUGGGGGCCGUUUUAUGAGCACUGCGAUGUACGAUGCCCGUGAGGCCCUCAUCCCUGGCUCCGCCUACGACCGCAGUAAUGCUGCUGGACGCCCGUCCAACAUGUACUUCCAAACUCACGAUCAGAUUGGGAUGAUUGGGGCGGGCCCCGGUCACAUGGCCGCUAUGAAUAUUCCCAUACCAUUCAACCUGGUGAUGCCGCCAAUGCCCCCACCCAGUUACCUGGGUCAGACCAAUGGCCCUGCUGCAGGUCGUGGAGCUAUGAAGGGUAAGCCCGGGCGUGGCGGGCGGCAGAGGGUCCGUGGCUCAGGAAACCAGGGUUCCAGUCAGGGUAACGGACCAAACAGCCAGGCCAGCCAGGAUGGGGCGUCCCAGUCCUUCUCCCAGGGCCCACUGACACAGGGCUACAUCUCCAUGAGCCAGCCCUCUCAGAUGAGCCAGCCUGGCCUCUCCCAGCCAGAGCUGUCCCAGGACAGCUACCUGGGCGACGAGUUCAAGUCCCAAAUCGACGUGGCUUUGUCCCAGGACUCAACUUACCAGGGUGAACGUGCAUACCAGCAUGGUGGGGUAACUGGACUGUCACAGUACUAGAUUGUCACUUGAAGAAGGGAGCUAGGCUUGAGCUGAGCUUAGUUCAUCAGCUUUUUAAUCUGGGAAAUAAUAAAAACAUAAAAUGGAUACCUGUUUUCCUCUGCUACAACCGAAGCACCACUGAGUGAAAGCGACGGGAUAGCGAAACCAAACCAAUGACCAGCGAGAGAGAUAAGAGGGUAGAAGAAGACGAGAGCACGAACAGACGGGCAGGGAAGAUGGCAAGAGAGGCCGAGUGAACAAGCAAGAGGCAGGGACCGAUGUCCGUGCAAAGUGAAGGAGGGAAGUCGAGAAAAUGGCGGCGUGUGGUCGAGCUGCUGAGGGAAACAGAGGGGAGAUCUCACUGGUCUCAUGGGAAUCCAAAUGAGGCUAAACUCCCAACAAAACAAUCCAGCCAACCCCUUCAACCUACAGCCUCCAGGAAAGGAAGGAAAGCGAUGUUAUCUUCGGAUGGGGAUCGAAGCUUUUCAACUGAAUUUGAAGAACUUGUUCUCCAAACAUGCAGGGGGGGCAUGAUUACAGAAAGCCAUUGAACAGGCAACAAAAAAAAUCCCCACGCUAAAAGUCGGUUGGUUUCUCGACCUGUUUCUCUUAAAUUUGGUUCAUCAUGGGAGGAGAGCGGCACCAACAAUCUUCUAUUGGGCCCAACAACCUCAGCAGCCUCUGAAGGAAGCGGCAGUCGACACACCCACUCGGAAGAGGAAAUAAAAACACGGUUUCUGUGCUUGAGUCUGAGAUUAAAGAGCCUUGAAUUGAAAUACCUUUGAUUUGCCUUGAGAACCACUGGCUCACUCACAAGGUCUUUAAUGGGGUGGUUUCGACCACACGUCAGUGGUGGAGUGGCACAGGGAUUUCAGACUGUUUUUUCAAGGCAUGACGCGCGAAUCCCAACGAUAUCGCGAUCAUCAUGGGACAGUUUUUCUUCUCUGAAGUACCUUUCUUAUCACAGAGCACAAAAUUGCAAAAAAGUCAUCGAAACUAUCAAACAUGACCAGCAUUGAAUAUUCAACUCAAUGUCAUUUGAUGUUUCAGCGAAGGCUUUUCCUUAUUUUAAUCUUUUGGAAGCAGGGGUGGUGUCCCACUGCGCUUCAUGACCAGAUGUCUUUUUUUAAAACACUCUGUGUACGCUUAGAUUGGCAAAUGCUUGAAUGCUUUGCAUCGAUUGAUUCCUCAGGGGAUUGUGGACUGUCCACACUCAUCACACAAAUCCCUGCUUGAGGUGAAAGAAACCAAACAAGAAGGAUGAUGGUAGUCGAGGCUUAUAGGCGGUCGUGGCAAUCAAUCCACCACAGGUAAGGAGUAGAAAAGGAAGGUGGCUGAGGGAGAGAAGGAUAUGAGAGUCUCCACAUCUGGAAGAUUAAUUCAGGCCAUCGCCAGGGUUAAAAAUUUAGAGGGAAAUGUUUGGCAUUAGGACUGCUCAGUCCCAAUGGAUGACCACACGUUAGAUGUAGUUGUAAACUCAGUGUCAUUUCACACAUUUUGAUUUUGUGAAUAAUAUUCACAUAACAAGCAAUAUAGCCAUGCUGAUGGCCAUAUUGCCCAGCCACACAAGUCUAAAGAUAAUUAGGGUAAAACUUUCAUAGGAAAUAUAUCUAAAAUCUCAGUUGAAAGGUCUUUACCUCCUGUUUAUUAAAACAUUUUACCAAACCCGUUACACAAAGUGGAAAUGCCGUCAGUACUGAUUAGAUGGCAAAGAGAUGACUGAGAAACGUGAAUCAGUGCCUAUAACCAAUCACCUUCAGAUAAACAGCUGCAGCACAAGCAUGAAUGUAGUUCAAAUCAAACUACCAGCAUAAUAAUAAUAAUAAUAAAAAAAACUUCCACACACCAGAGGGCUCAAGAAACCCACAGAAAAGGACUUAUUUUUGUUAAUAAAAUCAGGCCAGGUAAUGACGAGGUCAACGAGUUUAGCAGCUGGGUAGUUUUUCAAAGGGUGGGCGGAUGAAAAAAAGCCACCUUCCUUCUCUGUGGAGUAAAACAAACGAAGGCUGGUUGAAUUUUUUUUUCCUUAUGUGGACUUUUGAUUUGUGCAAAGCUGUUUUUUGCCUGCAUUAUGUAUUCCUUGUAGAGUUCCUCUUGAGAUUUAUGUGGAUCCUGAACCCUCUUCCUGGAGAACUUUGUGAACCUGAACCUUGAGUUGAUCCAAACUUUGCUUUUUGUCAGAUGAUUCGCUGCUUUGUGUGUCAUGUUUUGUUUAGUUGGGUGUUAUUUAGCCAUUUUGUGUAGUUUUACUAAAAAAAAAAAAAAAAUCUGUUUUUGUAGCAACUUGCUGACAACAGGAAUGAGGCGGACGCCGUUUCCUUUCAUUAGUUUUGUAUCUCCUCCUCAAACUGUCCGAGGGAUUGUAGUUUUUUAACUCUUCCAGGAAAGAUGCUUUCUGAACAGUUAAGAAUGUACUUCACUGUUGUUUCUCACCUGCUUCUCAUUUCAGCAGUCAUGUGACAAUCAUGUUGCGAGUAGAUGUUGCCAUGUUUGACUUAGAAAAUGUUCUGUUUUGUUGACAUUGAGCGAAUCUCUCAUUUUUUCCAAUGAAUUAGUUUCACAUAUCAACCCUUUCCACUGAAGUCCUAACAUGUUAUAGCUUUAAGAACCUGCUGCCGUAAUAUUAUUGUAUUGCUUUGGUGUUUUUCCAUCUUCUGAGCCACAAUGAAUUGCAACAUAUGUGCAGUGAUCAUUGAAGAAGUGAUUCAGUUGUAGAUUAGUUGUUAAAACAUUUGCAUCCAAACCUUUGAUUCUCUACGUCAACAGGCAAAGAUUAAAUAAAUGAACUUAGAGAGCUCAAUGUGAUGUAAAUACCUAUUUGAGUCUUAUUUGCAGUGAAGUUUCAUCACAACAUGGUGGUUUCCUUGUUAAACUGAAUCAAUAAAGGCUGUCGAUUUGAGCAAAUUUAA